AGGAUGAUGUGAGGCAUAAGGUUCAUCUGAACACCUUUGGAUUCUUCAAGGAUGGCUACAUGGUAGUGAAUGUCAGUAGCCUCUCUGUGAAUGAGCCUGAGGACCAGGAUGCGACGAUUGGGUUCAGCCUAGACCGGACGAAGAAUGAUGGCUUUUCUUCCUACCUGGAUGAAGAUGUCAAUUACUGUAUUUUAAAGAAACGGUCUGUCUCUGUUACCCUUCUAAUCCUAGACAUCUCCAGAAGUGAGGUAAAAAUAAAGUCUCCACCAGAAGCCGGGAUCCAAUUACCCCAGAUCAUCUUCAGCAAGGAUGAGAAAGCCCUUGGGCAGAGCCAGGAGUCUGUCGCAAACCCUGACUCCGCAGGCAAGCAGACUCAGAAAAAGCAAGACAGCAGAAAGUCCAAAAGAAGUACAGUGGAUUCCAAGGCAAUGGGAGAGAAAUCCUUUUCUGUUCAUAAUAACGAUGGGACAGUUUCAUUUCAGUUUUUCUUCAACAUCAGCACAGAUGACCAGGAAGGCCUUUACAGUCUGUAUUUUCAUAAAUGCCUUGGGAAUGAACUGCCUAAUGACAAGCUUUCCUUCAGCCUCGAUAUUGAGAUCACAGAGAAGAAUCCUGACAGCUACCUCUCAGCAGGAGAAAUUCCUCUCCCCAAAUUGUACAUCUCUAUGGCCUUUUUCUUCUUCCUUUCUGGGACCAUCUGGAUUCAUAUCCUUCGAAAACGAAGGAAUGAUGUAUUUAAAAUUCACUGGCUGAUGGCAGCCCUUCCUUUCACCAAGUCUCUUUCCUUGGUGUUCCAUGCAAUCGACUACCACUACAUCUCCUCCCAGGGCUUUCCUAUUGAAGGCUGGGCUGUUGUGUACUACGUCACCCACCUCCUGAAAGGGGCACUGCUGUUCAUCACCAUUGCACUCAUCGGUACUGGCUGGGCUUUCAUCAAGCACAUCCUUUCUGAUAAAGACAAAAAGAUCUUCAUGAUCGUCAUUCCACUCCAGGUGCUGGCCAACGUGGCCUACAUCAUCAUCGAGUCCACCGAGGAAGGCACAACUGAGUACGGCUUGUGGAAGGACUCUCUGUUCCUGGUUGACCUGCUGUGCUGUGGGGCCAUCCUUUUCCCAGUGGUGUGGUCAAUCAGACAUUUGCAAGAAGCGUCAGCAACAGAUGGGAAAGCUGCCAUUAACUUAGCAAAGCUGAAACUUUUCAGACAUUAUUAUGUCUUGAUUGUAUGUUACAUAUACUUCACCAGGAUCAUUGCAUUUCUCCUCAAACUUGCUGUUCCGUUCCAGUGGCAGUGGCUCUACCAGCUCCUGGAUGAAAUGGCCACACUGGUAUUCUUUGUUCUAACGGGGUAUAAAUUCCGUCCAGCUUCAGAUAAUCCCUACCUACAACUUUCUCAGGAAGAAGAUGACUUGGAAAUGGAAUCUGUAGUGACGACGUCAGGAGUGAUGGAGAACAUGAAGAAAGUGAAGAAGGUGACCAACGGUUCCGUGGAGCCCCCGGGCGACUGGGAAGGCGCCGUGUGAGAGAGCCAGCCCCAAGGCUGUCGCUAUCAAGGAGGACGUUUACUUUCUUUCUAGUCCCAUUGGUGAGCGCGAGAGCUCCUGCCAGUGAGCAUCGGCACCUCCCACAGUGACAGCCCAGAGCCCGCGGCCGGGAGCGGGCACCACGGAAACCCUCUGUACUUUCAUGGAACCAGGGUCUGAGGCUGGUUACCGCAACUGGGAUUCUCCUCAGGCGGGGCUGGUGGGAGGGCGUGUAGGAGGAGAGGAGGACACCAGGCAGUUUGUUUUUCAUGUAACCCCCUUUUUUCCCCACUGGGAGCUCUGAGGCACAUGUGGCUGUGACCCCCCACCUCCCCUCCUUCCUCUCCCCUCCUCAGUGUGUCACGGUGUGGGAGGGAUGGUUGGGAGAGGGGUGGGGGCGUGGGACACCAGUCACAGCACAGAAACGGGCUUGGGAAAGGGUCACAGUCUGAUGAGGCUGUAGGGACUUACCAAGAAGGGAAGGGAGUGUGCCAUUGGCUCUUUGGGGGACAAAAAUGAAUGCAGUUAGGUUGUUUUAGAAAGCAAAGUCAAAACCCAAUUUAGCAGCGCCCACCCCAGGAUUCCUGCCUGAAUGUUGCCCCGGACCUUAUCCCAGACCGUGAAAGUGCCCAAGCCAACGGUUCUAGAACCCCAGUGGUCUUUCCAGCAGCCUCUGUCGUCCGAGUGCUGGGGUGUCAUGGUCGUGCCCUGGUGCUCCGCCCAGGUGGUGGGAAGUGGCUUUCUUGCAGGAGAUGUGUUCUGCAUUGCCUGUUGGAGGGAAAGUGUGUUUUUAGGCUCAAAAGGCAUUCUCCCAUGGAAGGCCCCGGACUGCCCAGAGCAGCCAGCACGUCCCUCUCUGUGGCUUAUGUCUGUUUCAUGUGAUCAGAAUUUGGGGGGAAACAGGAGGAGAUUUUUCCUAAGGAACAGCGAUGGACAAAAUAGGUUGUAUUUCAGCAAAUACUUAAGUACAAGCAAACCAUCCUCAUUACAAAGCUUUUCCUAUAGGCCAGUAGAAUUUCUAAGUAGACGAAUUAAACAGAAUUGGUCCCUAUCUUCCAAGAGGACGUGUGUGAAGGAAGUGAGUGCGAUUAAACAGGUUUAUUCUCAGGGACUUGGGAUGGUGGGAUCUUUUAGAGAAACCAGUGACGUCUCUUCCAGACUUUCAGAGCUUGGGGACAAACACAGGCUUCUGCCUAAAGUGAGCAGCAUUGCACUCAGAAACAAGUCACUUGGAUGACUGGACAAGCUCGGGAGGUCCAUGGUCAUUGAGGGCUUAACAGGAGACCAAGACACAGCCCCAGCAGGAAAGCUGCUUCAUGCCUAGGGGGCUAGUGGGGUAGGGUGCUU